AUGGGCGACCUGCCUCGGGACCCCGGCCACGUCGUGGAGCAGCUCAGCCGCUCUCUGCAGACCCUCAAGGACCGUCUGGAGAGCCUCGAGCUCCAGCUCCGCACUAACGCCUCCACCACGGGGCUUCCCAGUGACUUCCGAGAGGUGCUCCAGCGGCGGCUUGGGGAGCUGGAGAGGCAGCUGUUGCGAAAGGUGGCGGAGCUGGAGGAUGAGAAGUCCCUGCUCCACAAUGAGACCUCCGUUCACAGGCAGAAGACUGAGAACACUCUAAACGCGCUGCUGCAGAGAGUGACCGAGCUGGAGCGAGGCAACAGUGCAUUUAAGUCACCAGACGCAUUCAAAGUGUCUCUCCCACUCCGUACCAACUACCUGUAUGGCAAGAUCAAGAAGACACUGCCUGAGCUGUAUGCCUUCACCAUCUGCCUGUGGCUGCGGUCUAGUGCCUCACCAGGCAUCGGCACCCCAUUCUCCUAUGCUGUGCCUGGGCAGGCUAAUGAGAUUGUGCUGAUAGAAUGGGGUAACAACCCCAUCGAACUGCUCAUCAAUGACAAGGUUGCACAGCUGCCCCUGUUUGUCAGUGACGGCAAGUGGCACCACAUCUGCAUCACCUGGACAACACGAGAUGGCAUGUGGGAGGCUUUCCAGGAUGGAGAGAAGCUCGGCACUGGGGAGAACCUGGCCCCCUGGCACCCCAUCAAGCCAGGCGGGGUGCUGAUCCUUGGGCAGGAGCAGGACACUGUGGGAGACAGAUUUGACGCCACACAGGCAUUUGUGGGAGAGCUCAGCCAAUUCAACAUCUGGGACCGCGUUCUCCGCGCACAGGAAAUCAUCAACAUCGCCAACUGCUCCACGAACAUGCCAGGCAACAUCAUCCCCUGGGUGGACAACAACGUCAAUGUGUUUGGAGGGGCUUCCAAGUGGCCCGUGGAGACAUGUGAGGAGCGUCUCCUGGAUUUGUAGCCACCUUCUCCCUGUCCAGGAGGCCAGGAGCAGGCCUGCAGGGGUUUCAGUGCCACUUAUUCCUCCGUUGAACUGUAUAAACCUCUUGCCCCAGUGGGUGGGACCCCAAAGCCCGACCCCAGGGAAAUUCUAAGACCAAUGCCAUGUGGCAUCAUUUGUCACUGGCUUAUUUGUUCCUUUCCAAGGUUUUAGUUUUGGGGGUUAGUGCCAGAAUCCCUUGGGUAGAAGCCCCAAGCCACAAGUGGGCAAACAGCUGAUUUCCUGCUGGGGGUGAUGUCUGUAAGCCCCUCUCCUGUAAAUGCUAGCAGCCCAGUCCUGCCUGUCCUCUCAGAUCCCUGGUGUCCUGUGUGCACCUUCUGUAUGUCCCUUGUGUAUAGAGCACAUCCCUGCUGUCAGCUGAGCACACAACAAAGAUAGUCACCCCUGAUCUACCAAGGAUCUGUACCCGUGUCCUGUGCAUCAAGUCUGUCCCUGUGAGGAAGUCUAGCUGGUGAAGGGCUGACUGCCCAGACAAACCCUGUCUUUCCCAAAGCAGGAGAGGGGUUGCUGACUCCAAGGGGGGACCCAGACGGGGAAAGGCCACAGUAGCUGUUCUCUGCCCCUCUACCACUGUUUCCUCAGACCCAUGCUUCAAAGGAAUCACUCAUUUGGUGCCAAAAGUUCAUGUGCAGCUUCUACAACCAUUUGGUGUGCCCUGGGGACUAUUUUUCCCCAUCAGAAAAGAACAGCCAUUAGAAGGCUCCAUUUUUUACAUUUUGCCACUGUGAGAAGUGUGUCCAUUUUUAAUCCAUGUUGAUUCCUGAAAGCAUCUGUGCCCAUCGACUGUUUCCCCCAAGAACUUUUAAGAAAAUGAAUGUCAUUUGGCUGAUGUUUGCUCAGUGACUCCAGGAUGCUUAAUAUUAUUGUAAUUAUUUUAAAGAGAAUGUGAUUAAGUGGGGAAAUUUAUAAAGCUAAAUAUUAUAUAUUUUAUUUUUCAUACCUGUUUGAAGUGAGAAUCUGUGGAAAUUCCAUUUGUACGACCAAGUUGACAUGCCCAUCCUGACAUUGUAUGCCACAAGAAUUCUUCUGAAGAUGG